AUGGCGUCCAAGAAGGAAGAAAAGAAGAAGCGCCGCAACAAGCGCAAGACACGAACAGAAGUCUCCUCACCAGUCUCAUCCGACAGCGAGAGCAGCGUAGCUUCAUCGCCAGCGCCAGCGCCAGCGCCAGCGCCACCCAAGAAGCAAAAGAAGCAGACUCCUGCACCCAACGACCCAGUCUCGGACGACGAGAGCGUUCAGCUGAACGAAGGCGACAACACCAUCUCAAUCCCAGAGCGGAAGCCAAAACAGGACCCGGAAAAAGCCUUCGAAGAUUUCUACCUCCGCUCGGCCACCAAGGAAUUCGCCAACGACCUCGACAAGCUGCGAUCUGCUGGUGACUUCAGCGAUCGGAGUGUGUCGAUGUUGAUCCGGUCACUUGGACAGGGCACCAAGUGUUUCACGAAGGAGGAAAGAGUGCGAAUUGGGGCGAGUCUUGCUGGAUGA